CCCCGCCCCUUCGAGCGCCCCGCGGCCCCCGAGGCACCCUCUGGCCGUCUCUGCGGCGGCGACGGCCUGGGCAGACUGUGCGCCGUGCGCAGGCGCGGAGCCUAGACCUCGCUGCAGCCCCCAUCGCCUCGGGGAGUCGUACCCGCGGAGUCCGCCUGCUGGCGCGUCAGUGCUCUCCCCCUCGUCCACCCUCCCCGGUCCCCCCAGCACCCUACGCGCCCGGAUGGCGGAGCUGCGGCCUAGCGGCGCCCCCGGCCCCGCCGCGCCCCCGGCCCCUGGCCCUAGUGCGCCCCCGGCCUUCGCCUCGCUCUUCCCCCCGGGACUGCACGCCAUCUACGGAGAGUGCCGUCGCCUUUACCCUGACCAGCCGAACCCGCUCCAGGUUACCGCUAUCGUCAAGUACUGGUUGGGCGGCCCAGACCCCUUGGACUAUGUUAGCAUGUACAGGAACAUGGGGAGCCCUUCUGCCAAUAUCCCUGAACACUGGCACUACAUCAGCUUCGGUCUGAGUGAUCUCUAUGGUGACAGCAGAGUCCAUGAAUUUACAGGAACAGACGGGCCUAGUGGUUUUGGCUUUGAAUUGACAUUUCGUCUGAAGAGAGAAACAGGGGAGUCUGCCCCCCCAACAUGGCCAGCAGAGCUAAUGCAGGGCUUGGCCAGAUAUGUGUUCCAGUCAGAGAACACCUUCUGCAGCGGGGACCAUGUGUCUUGGCACAGCCCUUUGGAUAACAGCGAGUCAAGAAUUCAGCACAUGCUGCUGACCGAGGACCCACAGAUGCAACCCGUGCAGACACCCUUUGGGGUAGUUACGUUCCUCCAGAUUGUUGGCGUCUGCACCGAGGAGCUCCACGCAGCCCAGCAGUGGAACGGGCAGGGCAUCUUGGAGCUGUUGCGGACAGUGCCCGUCGCUGGCGGCCCCUGGCUGAUAACUGACAUGCGGAGGGGAGAGACCAUAUUUGAGAUCGAUCCACACCUGCAACAGGAGAGAGUUGACAAAGGCAUCGAGACGGAUGGCUCCAACCUGAGUGGUGUCAGCGCCAAGUGUGCCUGGGACGACCUAAGCCGGCCCCCCGAGGAUGAUGAGGACAGCCGGAGCAUCUGUAUCGGCACGCAGCCACGGCGGCUCUCUGGCAAAGACACGGAGCAGAUCCGGGAGACCCUGAGGAGAGGACUUGAGAUCAACAGCAAACCUGUCCUUCCGCCAAUCAACCCUCAGCGGCAGAACGGCUUCACCCACGACCGGGCCCCGAGCCGCAAAGACAGCCUGGAAAGCGACAGCUCCACAGCCAUCAUUCCCCAUGAGCUGAUCCGCACACGACAACUCGAGAGCGUGCAUCUGAAAUUCAACCAGGAGUCAGGGGCUCUCAUUCCCCUCUGCCUACGGGGCAGGCUUCUGCAUGGACGGCACUUUACAUAUAAAAGUAUCACAGGUGACAUGGCCAUCACAUUCGUUUCCACGGGAGUGGAAGGCGCCUUUGCCACUGAGGAGCACCCUUAUGCAGCCCAUGGACCCUGGUUACAAAUUCUGUUGACUGAAGAGUUUGUAGAGAAAAUGUUGGAGGACUUAGAAGAUUUGACUUCUCCAGAGGAAUUCAAACUUCCCAAAGAGUACAGCUGGCCUGAAAAGAAGCUGAAAGUCUCCAUUCUGCCUGACGUGGUGUUCGAUAGUCCGCUGCACUAGCUUGGGCUGGGCCCUGCAGGGGCUAAGGGAGAGCCCAGUGGCUCCCUGGUGACUUCCAGCAUAACAACUGCGUAAAUGCGAUUCCCACAAAUUAAACGACACGUAUGAGGAAGACUGCGCAGCCACCGCCCCUGCCUCAGCGGCAGCUCAGGGCCCUCACCCCGGCGGCCAAGCCCCCUGGGCUGGGAGUGGGCAAAUGCAAGCCUUCCCCUCCUGCUGCUGCCACAGCUGGUGGUUUGAGAUGUGACUGUGGACCUUUGAUGUGCCCUUAGGUGGAGACGGACCUCGUUCUCACUUAUCCCCUGCCUCGCAGCCCGGCAGGAGGGAGUGGAGUGGCCCGUGCGCACACGGCCGAGCUCUGCUGGGGGAAGGCUUUGCUAGGCUGGGUCCUCUGGCCACGGAACAGUUCCUCCGACCGUGUUUGGUUUUCUUCCUCCUUAUUUUAUUUUGUCGAAACCGGACGGUAUUUUAUUGGUCUUCAGAGAUGUCCAGAAGCCGUGUAUAUAAUGUUUUUUAAACAGAACUUUAUUCCCAGAUGAACUUUCUCAUUCUCUCAGACGAGGGCCUCAGGAGCCACCACCAGAGAAGGUGCCAGGUUUGGUUUGCCUGCCAGCCUGGGGCCCUGGAGGAGCCAGCUUCGCAGAGAAGCUUUUCUUCCCAGCUGGGCCUGGUGGAGCCUGGGGCAGGGGAGAGCUGAGCUGUGCCCCCGUGCAGCCUUCAGUGUGGCAGCCAGCCGGGGCCAGGAGGAGGCGCCUCUGUUUCUCCAGCAGACUAGACCCCUGACAAAGUUCAAGGACCGCCAGGGUCUCAGAGACAUGGUAGCCCCAGCCUCAUCUUCUGGCCCUUGUCCACCUAACCAGGCCUGCCUGAGAGGGGCUGAGGCCCAGCACCUCGUUGACCAUCCCCACCUGCCACUCCGGGCCUAGGUCUCCAGCUCUGACCACUCCUGUCCCAUUUCCUCCUGCCCUGGGCCUCCCAGCCUCCAGGCUGCAGGACUCUGGCAUAUUAAAAAUGGAAAAAUCAGCCUCUCACCAUGUCCUUCACUUUGAUUUUGCAAACACCGCACUCUGCCGCCCUCAUCCUCCCCGUGUCCAUUCAUUUCUUGUCUUUCAUCCCAUUCUCCAUGUCAUCCCCCAUGCCUCUUUUCCUGCAUCCUGGUCUCUCCCAGUCCCUUGCCCCACUACUGCACAUCUCCUGGUCUUCCUUCCAGAAAUAGACCUAUCUCUGGCCCGUGGGUUUGGGGUUCCUCUUGGGUUGUCUCCUACUUCUGACCUGGAAUCAGUAAGCCCCUUUCGUGCCCUCUCACCCCUGACUCUAGGGACUGCUAUUUCAAGAUCUCCCUUCAGGUCUUUCCAAAGUGGUCUGUCAGGGGCUUUGUAGGGCCACACACUGCCCUGUCUCCACCCGCCACACACAUGGGCACCGCAACAGUGCCACAGGUGGCCCAUGGGGUGUAGGACCCUCUGAGAGAUUCAGGCAAAGAGCUGCCUCGGGGGUCAUGAGGGCAGUGGCCAGGCUCUCCAGGGAGCAAGAUUUGGACUUCAGGAUUUCCACUAGGCCCUGGUGGCUUCUCUGCACACGCCCUCAGGGCUACCCAGUUAACUCCAUCAAAGUCAGAGCUUCAAGGUGGAUCAGCCCAGAAUACUGGGGGAGAGAGGCUCCAGGGCUCCACCCAUGAAGACAAAGCUCCUCUGGCCCUGAUGUUGGCAGCAGCUGUGCCUUCUGCUCCAAGGACUUUUCCAAAAGGACGUUUUCUGGCUGCCACCCACCACAGCAUCCCUGCCUUUGAAGCUCUUGUCAUCUAAUGUUUCAUGGCCGGAGAGGUGCCAUUAUCUUGUCUCCUUUCCGUGCCACCCUGGCCCACCUCUCCACAAAUUCUUUCUUUCUGGAGACCUGGCUCUGCCUGCCUGGUUCGGCUGAGGGGGAGGAGGGUAUUUUCUGAGCUAGGCUUUGUCAUCAGUAUGGGAGGUGGGCGGGACGCAGGUGAGCUCUGAGACGGUGAGCCCAUGAAGCCUGUGGUCCCUUCCUGCCUCAUGAAGUCAGGAACCUCCAAGGUCGGCCUGGGGCCAGGCCUCCAUCCCCUUUCCCUGUGGUGCGGCGGCUCUGGAGGAGGAGCAGAGCGUCCACCAUCUCUGACCAGGCCUUCCAGAGGUUCCUCUGGGAGGGGUCUCUCCACUGAGCUCCUGGCUGGUGAGAGGGGACCCUCAGUGAGGACCAAGUGAGGCUGACUCUGUAGCGUGGCCAGCAUAGCACUCGGCAUACAGUGGGUACUCACUAAACGCACUGCUUCCUUCCCACCCUGCAGUGCUUCAGGAGCCCUGACAUAGUGGGGUGGUAAGAAGUCUCCCUCCUAAAUCUGCCUCUUCCUCGUGACUUCCUUGUGGCUGGCGCGGUCUCACCCCUUCCCUCCAGGUUCCUGGGGCUCAAGCUUCUGAGGGGAAGGGGCUCCCCCAUGCAGUUGGCCUGCCACGUACACGCGGCAGACUCUUGGACUCCUCAGGCCCAGUGCGGGCUGCGAGAGGACCGCCGAGCCAGCUGUCAUUCUGAGGGCUAGAGCGGCUCAUGCAAGGUCUCAGGUCUGGCCGUAGAGCUGGGGCCUCUUCUUGCCCUUCUCUUCCUAGGGCAGGGAUGAGGAAGUCUUGGGGAGAGUCUAAAGGGCCAGAGCAUUUUUAAAAAUGUAUACAGGGUCUUGGGACUGGGUUUUGAGAUUGAGUCGAGAGCAGGGAAAAAAACCCCAAAGGUCGGUGCCCCUAUGGGGCAGACCAGUAAAGAACUCCCUUGACUGUAUUUUUUUAUCCAGUUGUCCCUCCUCUCUGGCUUCCAGGUCCUCCAUGCCAGGUGAGGUGCCUGGGUCCCUGUUACAAGUCAGGAGCCCUGUAAAAAGAGCCCUCCUUUUGUACAAGUACCUGAAUGCUGCAGUGAGCAGACUUUUGUAAAAUUUUAUAUUAGUUUCUAAUGUCAACGGCGACUUGGUUCCUGGGGGCUGCAGCCGGCCUGGGACUUUUGUAAGAAUUUUUGGGUGACUCACUUAGAUGUCGUUUCCUUCUUGCUCCCUCUUCCUCUGUGUAAUCUAAGUGCAUUAAACAUAUUUGCAGAAGUGCCUG